AUGGAGGUGAAGAUGGGGAAGGCCCCACCAUGUUUGAAUCCUUCCCGAUGGCAAUGCGCGGAGGAGUGCUUUCCCAAGAUUUUAGAGGCCAAGAGUGGUGAAGAUGAUGAUGAUUUCCUCAAUUUUGAGGACUUCUCCACAGGGUUAAUCUGGCGCUUCCGCUUUUGCCUCUGGAACAAUAGCAAGACCUAUGUCCUAACCAAGGGCUGGCACGCCUUUAUCAAGGAGAAGAAUCUCAAGAAAGGUGAUGUUUUAUCCUUCUACCGUGGUGCUGGUAAGACUACAAGCACAAACCACAUGUUUAUUCAUAUCAAGCCCCAUACUGGUACCAUGUCUUUGCCACAUCAUGUGCCAUGUCCAAUCUUCUCUCCAUCUAGCUUGAUGAUUGAGGACUGGGUCCAUGAGAGCCUUGGCUUUGGUACAAGCCAUGAAAUUGUUCCAGCAUCGAAGCCUUUAUCCUUUGGAUCUAGGGAGUUGAUGCCUCCAACUAAUCUGAUCCCACAACAAACAACAUUUCUGAAUCGGCAUCACUUGAAAUUGUAA